UUACAUUUCGCUGCCUUCUCGCUCUUUUUGAGUUCGAUUGACAAAUUUAUUUUGUAUUGUAAUAUAACAUUGGAUUUUAAUAUUUUUGUUCAUAAAAUUACUUGAGCGUGUCUUUCUUGUCACGGUCAAGCCAUUGGGCAUUUGCUGUCCUCGCUUUUUAAUUUUGACGAAGGGAACAUGAGUGAUAAUAAUCCGUACAGUAAUGUCGUUUUAAAUUAAAAGUGCAUUGCACGUUUCAACCACUUGGUGCUUGACGUAAUAGAGUUUCCACUUUACGGAGGAUAGAGCCAUCAAAUUUUUCAACAUGGUGCAGUUCAAUACGGCUCAACUGGAGGCGAUUGCAGGGUCACAAACUCCGUACCUUGGGGUGAAGGGUUCAAUUGUUCGACUCAAGGUUUAUGAUUUUAUGACAUAUCACAAAGUUGAAUUACAUGCUGGUCCAAACGUAAAUCUUAUCUUGGGUCCAAACGGGACAGGUAAAAGCACAAUUGUGUGCGCGAUUUGCAUUGGACUUGCAGGAAAACCCAAGAUUCUAGGACGAGCUUUGUCCCUUAAGGAAUAUAUUCGACACGAAUGUACCUAUGCCAGUAUCGAGAUAGAGCUCUACAAUCCAAAUGGAGAAAAUUAUGUAGUAAAAAGACACAUCAAAGCUUCAAAUACAAGUGCAGUCUCCACUUGGCAAUUAAAUGGGAAAAAGACUUCACAGAAUCAGGUCGAACUGCUCCUGACCAAGCUCAACAUUCAGUUGGACAAUCUGUGUCAAUUUCUACCACAGGAUCGAGUGCAGGAAUUUUCCAAAAUGGACUCGUAUUCUUUGCUUCGGUCGACCCAGUUGGCGAUGGGAAAGGACACCUUGAUUGGGAAGCACGAUCAACUCGUCCAACUAAAUGAGCUGGUUAAACAGAAAGAACAUAGUGUUCAAAACACGUCCGACUCCCUCCGUGCUGAACAACAAUAUAACCAGAGGUUGGAGAAUGAAGUGAAAAAUUAUCAUGAAAGGGAAAAGUUUAAAAGGGUUAUCGCAGACUGGAAAGGCAAGAAAGCUUGGAUAAUUUAUCGAAAAGCGAUUCAACUCUUUUCGCAGGUAAACACGGAACUGGAAACUCUUAAGCAAAAAAAGAAAGAGGAAGAAGGAAAACUUGAACCAAUGAAAAGGUCCGUCCGACAGAUGGAGACUAAACUUGGGACCUACAAUAGAGAAAUGACCACUUGUCGAAACCUGAAUGUAAUCAAAGCUGUGAAAACAAAGUAUGAAGAGGAAUGCGACAAAAUUGAGGUCCGAGUGAAUGAAAUAAAUUCCGAACUGGAAGCUGUCGAGAAACAGGAGAAGGAUAGACAGAAACACGUUGAAGCGGCGACUCAGAAACUAAACGCCCUGAAUUCUGAGCUCGAUAAGUUUAACUCGCAAGGAUAUAACAGUGAUUUGGCUAGAUUGGAAGAUGAUGUACGUUCCAUUAAUAGCGAAGUAACCAAUCUUUCCGAGUCCAUUUAUAAAGUAACCGAAGAAAAAGCGUCAGAUGAACAAGAAAUACAAGGGUUAAAUGAACGAAUGCGCUUGUGGAAUCGGGAAAUUGACGGGCUUGGAAAUUUGCGAAUGUCAAGAUUAAAGUACAUGCAACGGGAGAAAAAGGAUGCUUACGCUGCAGUCCAGUUUUUUGAGCGACCUGAAAUAAAGGCCAAAUUAAAGGGGAAAAUCCAUGAGCCUAUGAUUUUACAUAUUUGUGUAAACGAUCUCAAGUAUGGGCCCGUUGUUGAAAGACAUAUUGGUAUCGCGGAUAUGACUGCAUUUUUCUGCGAGGAUAAGGAUGAUUUGGAAGAGAUGCUUAAUAUGAUGAAACCAGAGAAUCUCAGAAUUUCAAUCAUCCAUCACGAAGCUCCUCCAGCAAAUUGGCAGAAACCAAAACCAACGCUCAAGCCGGAAUACCUAAGAAAGUAUUGUUUCCAAAAGACGCUGAUUGAACUAAUUCAAGCACCAGAUUAUUAUUUAUCGUACAUGAUAAAGAAACACAGGGUCCAUGACAUUCCAAUUGGAAAAUCUCCAGAGACGGACCGAAAAUUCAAGGAAAUUACAUCUGAAACUUCAUCUAUUCAAGCGUUUUAUACUGACGAAAAUUCAUACUUCAUAAAAAAGUCAAGUUAUGGAAAUGGAAUUUGUUCAUCGGUGGAUUUUCUCCCACCAGCAAGAGUAUUUACAACCGAAAUCAAUGCUGCGGAGAGGGAACGACUUGAAGACCAGGUGAAAGAUGCUUUAAGUACAAAGUCAGGGAUCGAAGAAAGGCUCAAAAUUCGACGUGCCGAAUUGCAUUCCUUAGAAGAAAGUCGUUCUGUGAAGGAAAGGGAUUUGAGCGAUGCUAAGAAGAAGGUCGAAUACAAGAAACAACUUGUGAGCAAGAUCGCACAAGCUAAGAGAGGGAAGGAGCAAUUGGAAAAGGAUAUUCCUGAUUUACAAGGAUUGAGGGACAAGGCACAAAAAGAUACAUGGAACGAACGAGAAAAGUUGACAUCUCACUUGGAGUGGUCGGUGAAUGAGAUUGAAAAACACGCCAAAAAAGGGAGGCAACUCAUAAUUCUUAAACGCCAAGUGAGUGUGCUUCAAAGUAGGAUUAUGACUAAACAGAAUUUACUAGAAGAUCUCCAAGCCUCCAUAAAUCAACAUAACGGAGACCUUGCAACGUUAAGUGAGCAAGUAAAGUCUCGAGCAGCCGAGGCAGAGCGUGCCAAAAGAGAAGCUGUAGAAGUUAGUCAAGUGUCUGAGCCUCCUGCAGAUAUUGCUGAUGGAAACCUUACAGUUGAAGAUAUCAACAGAGAAAUCACACAAGCUGAGUCUCAGAUGGGCUUCUUGGUGGACACUGAUGCUUCAAUUGUAAAAGAUUACCAAGAACGAUUAAAGAAGAUUGACAAAUUAAAUCAGGAACGUGGAACGGAUAUUUCACGGCUGGCAGACUUGAAAAGCGAAAUUGCCCAAAAGAAAGAAGAAUGGUUACAGCCUCUUAAAUCUCUAAUUGAUAGAAUUAACAAAAAUUUUGGUACAUUUUUUGAAAACAUGGGAUGUGCUGGUGAGGUUUCACUGUGCCAUUCAGAAGACGAGGAUGAUUUUGCAAAGUAUGGAAUUAAAAUCAUGGUGCAGUUUAGGAAUUCGGAACCAUUGGCAGAAAUGUGUGGCACUCGCGUUGGAACCUUACAAAGCGGUGGUGAACGAGUGAUUACAACUGCGCUUUAUGUUUUAGCAUUACAAGAACUAACGGUCGUACCGUUUCGAGUGAUUGAUGAGAUCAAUCAGGGGAUGGACGCUAAAAACGAGUCACGGUUCUUUAACCUUCUCUGUUCGUUGGCAAAGGGAGCCAACACUCCACAAUAUUUCUUGUUGACUCCGAAAAUGUUGCCUCGUGUGGAUUAUCCGGAUAAUGUAGAUUUUCAUUUUAUUAUGAAUGGCCCUAAAGUAAAUGUACCCUUUGAUGGGGCCGCUUCUGAAGAAGAGGACGACGAUGAAGAGAUGGAUGAUCAAGAAGAUAAUUCCGACGAGUAAUCUUGGUAUUUUAUUUACAGUAAUUUUUAUCUAUCAUUGAGACUUGCAAUUUUGUUAUUUAAAUACUCGAUCUAAAUUUUUAGUACAAGUUAGUAGCUACAUAAUCUAGUUUUUAGUAAAUAUUACGAGCUAUGCGUAUGUGAUAUAUAUAUUUCUAUCACAAGACAUAGCCAGCUCUAGUAAACGUAUAGUUGUGUAGUAAGAUUAUUAAUUCCAUUCUUUGUAUCCAAUAAAUGAAUUAAAUGAA